GUAGACAUCACGGCGGUGCCAAGUCCCGGCGGGUUUCCUUGGAUGAGACUGGUCCAGGCGGCUCCCAACAAGAAACAGCAGAACCUUGAAGCCUACUUAAGCAACGGCCAGCUGUACUACCGGCCCACGAGGCCCAUAUUCAGGGAUGAGGAACUCCUGGUUUGGUACGACGAGGAACUUUCCCGGCUUCUGGGGUUCGGAGAGAUUCAAUCCGGCAGGCAGCUCCAGAGCGGUGAGUGUGGACAGCCGGACCCCUGCAAGCAAGUCUUCCGGGGGGAGCACGCCUAUGUCGCGCACGCCCGUUUCUUCUGCUGCCCGGAGAACAGCGCCCAGCUCUGGAGGAGCCUCUGUGCCCCGAAGACCCUGAAAAGAAGAUCAGCGGAGCAACCCACAAACUUCCACAGCUUGGCCAGGGACCUCGAGGUCAAAAGGGCGGCCUGGAAAGACGACGCCAGUCACUCGGCUGGCGAGAGGAGAGCAGAUUCUGGCGAGAGGGAGAGCGGGCCAGGCAAGAAGACGGUCCUGUUGGAGAAGACAAAUUGUCUCCACCGAGAACACCACAGCGGGAGCAGGGAGGGGGGCGCCGGGCAGCAGCCGUCAGGCGGAGCUCUCUGGAAGCUCAUUACCAGGAAGCCCGUUUUCCUUAAGAAGGACGCUCUGGAGGAGAAGGACAGCGCAUUCACGGAAGUGAAGCGGACAAAGGAGAAGCCGAAAGCUGGGGAGGUCCACGAGGCGCAGCAGAGGACCGGGGCAGCUCCCUCUGGCAAAGAGCGGGCCCCGAGCCAUCCCGUGCCAAGUUCCCCCGGCAGCGCGUUCACAUUGGUCUGGCCCACCAGAGUGGCCGGGGAGGCGAAGAGCGCGUUCAGGAAGCCGGCCAAGCGCUUGCUGGACAGGAAGUCGGCGUCUGCUCCCCGGGACGAGAGCAGUCUGGCGAAAGGCCCGGGGAAGCUGUCGGGAUGCAUCAGCGCCGCCGACGUAAUGCGAUACGGCAGCUUUGUCUCUUCCGAGGUCUUUGUCGCUGAUGUAAGUAGCUCCGCAUUGCUGCAGAGCGGUCCUUUCCCUUGUACUUCGGGACUGUGGCCCCGACUCGCCGGAGGGCAGAUAUUGACCACGCCCACGUCGGGGUCCCGCUCUGCUUCUUUCGCUGUCUUGCCUCCCACCUUCACCUCCUUCGGGGUGGCCGCCCAGAACUGGUGCGCCAAAUGCAACCUCUCCUUCCGCAUGACGUCCGACCUUGUGUUUCACAUGCGCUCCCAUCACAAAAAGGAGGGCACCUCCCCGGAGUCUCAAAGCAAAAGGAGGAGAGAGGAAAAGCUGACCUGCCCCGUCUGUCAGGAAUACUUCCGGGAACGGCACCAUUUAUCUCGGCACAUGACUUCCCAUAAUUAG